CAUUUUCAUGUCAUUCAGUGAUAGUAACUGUGAAAGUUUCAAUCAGAUAUUCAUUUAAUUAAAAAAAUGGUACAUUUCUACUCUUUGGCUGCCUUGACGCUUUGCGCCAUUUGUGCUGUUAGUGUCGUGAGUGCCGGCAUCAUCAGGGACGGCAGCAACGACAUAUCGCUGGAGGAAGUGCGCCAAAUAACGGUUGUGAAGGAUAUCAAUGAGUUUAAGAAAAAUCAUCCCGGUUUAGCAUUGGUAGCAUUGAAGAAGGAGAACAGUAAGGCGAGAAGCGGCUCUACGGUCGAAUAUAAAUUAGGUGGACGUGUACAAGGCGAUUCCUUGGUCGCGCAGAUAGCAGAUGCCUUUGUGUAUGAAGAACCUAAGGAUGUGACUGUUCAAUUGACCUAUCCACAAUCUGGUACCGGUAGUAUAGUCACCUAUGUAGAAAUCAGCUGUGAAGCGGACUCAAGUGCCGGUAAUGCUUACGUAAUUGCCGGCGGUAUUGGUCAACGUUUUAUCUCCAUUGUAUUGGAGUCCACACAGACGGAAACAUUUUUCUAUAGCGCGCAAUUCUUUGGCUCCAGUUAAUCGAAUUUCAAAUAAAGAAUGACUAGUUUUUAUAAGCGUAAACUUUGUACAAUUACAUGAAAGUAUUAAAAGAAUAAAUUUGUAUUUACAUAUCUCUGUA